AUGCUAGGUACCAUUCUGUCAACAAUCUCGAGGGCCGUGAUCACCCAAACAUUCAUCAACCCAUCAUCCAAGGCACCCUUACCAGAGGUUUUGUAUACUUUCCCACGGUACGAUGGCGCGAGCAUCGUCAGUUUCACAUGCCACGUUGGAGACGAGGUCAUCGUGGGCAAAGUGAAGCUUAAAAACGAGGCAGACAAGCUAUACCGAGAAGUCAAGGCUAAGGGCAAGACUGCAGCAAUUGUGGAUCAAUCUGUGUUCUCCGAUGAUGUCUUCAAGACACGUGUGGGUAAUGUCCCCGCGGGUGGGAGAGUCAUCGUCAAGAUCACCCUUCUGCAAGAGCUACCGCAGGAUACCAAGAGAAAUGGUCCCCGGUACACAGCUCCCAUGGCAAUCGCUCUACGAUAUGGAAUAUCAAAGGAUGAGCCAGAGAAACCCGAGGGUCUCACCUUCAAAUCCUCAAUCAAAGUCGAUGUCAUCAUGGACAAAAACUGUAAGAUUCGUCAGGCACAACCGCCCACUCAUGCUAUCGAGGUGAGCCUGGGCCGAACCUCCGAAAUGCCAGAUUCUAUUUUUGAGCCGUUCUACGCAUCUGCCAAAAUGAACGAAGACCGAGUCAUUGGGGAGGACUUCGUCUUGGUGGUCAACGCCGAUAGUCAGGAUCAACCCAUCGCAUUGUGGGAGACUCAUCCCACCAUACCGAAUCAAAGUGCAUUGAUAGUUUCUCUAGUCCCAAAAUGUCGUCUGCCUUUAGACCCAUCGGAAACUGUUUUUGUGAUCGACAGAAGCGGCAGCAUGGCCGAUAAAAUCCCGACCUUGAAGUCCGCCUUGGAGGUCUCUCUCAAGUCAAUGCCUCUCGGCAUUCCGUUCAAUAUCGUGUCGUUUGGGUCAAGUUCAAGUACUCUUUGGCCCCGAAGCCGAAUGAGUGAUCGAAAUAGUCUUUCUGGGGCCCUCGAAUUUACCAAAACUAUCAAGACCGAUAUGGGAGGCACUAAAGUCCUUCAAGCGCUGCAAACAGCUCUAGAGCAUCGUUAUAAAGACAGGUGCCCAAAGAUUCUUCUUCUCACAGAUGGUCAAGUCUGGGAACAGGCAGAGAUUUUCACUCAAUCUGUCGUGAAGUACGAGGAGCUCAGUAAAAAGGUUGUUCAAAUGCUAAAGGGCGCUCUGACGCCGUUGCCGAAGAAGUGUCGUCUGGAUCUGGAUAUCGACAGCCUCCAGCAGGAGGAGAUGAUGACCGACAUGAAGCAAGACAAACUGGGGGCUCAGCUGAGCUCGACCUUGAGCCUGGACCCCAUCUCGUUCUUUGACGGAAAUAUCAGUGCUUCAGAGAGUCUCAAAUUAACGGAAGAACCGUUGCCAAAGAUUUCAGUGCCUGCGGUACUUCAAGCUCCGGCGCAACUUCCACCUCUGUAUCCGUUCAUACGAUCAACUGCUUUCGUUCUGAUCUCGAGCCCUAUCUUCUCGCUGCCCGAAAAGACCUUUUUGCGUGCUACUAGCUACCACGGACCCUUGGAAUUGGAAAUUCCUGUGCUGAGUUUUGGUUGCGGAGAGCAAAUUCUCCAGCUCGCCGCGAAAAAGGCCAUCACCGAGCUUGAACAGUCAUGCGGCUGGAUACAGUCCGCUAGAAACGAGCAUGGGGAACUCAUACGAGACAAGUUCGAAAGCCACAUGGAUGAGCUGAUUCAAGAAGAAUGUGGGCGACUUGGGGUGUUGUUCCAAAUCCCGGGCAAGCUUUGCUCUGUGGUCGCUGUCAGAGGGAAGAAAGAGACGUCGAGCUUGACCCAGAAUGAAGACAUCUCACCUCCUACGUCAGAAGGGACUGAAGUUUUUCUCAAUUUGGAUUGGAUUGAUGCAAAGGAUACAUUUUCCCAUCCUUAUCAUUCUUCGGAGUCAUCCGGCCCUGAUGAAUCAGACGAGGACUAUGGCUUCUUCAUACCGGACAAAGCACCGCAGACCAGAUCUUCUUCUUCCGCUGCACCUGGUCCGUAUCGGCCAAGGAUCUACUCUGCUGGAGAAAAACGCCGCGGCGCUGCUCCUCCCAGACCGGCAUGCAAAGCACUUAGAAGGAUCACGAUGAGUGAUGAUGAUGCGGACUUGAGCGUCGCUGCUCUCGAAGCAGUGCAAUCGAUCAUCCAGGAGCAAACCUUUGGAGGAUACUGGGAAUUUUGUGAAGAGGUAGUCGAACUGCUGGGCCAAAAUGCGUGCAAGUUCUGCGACAAGAUACACCAAGUGUACGAGGCACUCACGGGCCAGCAAACCAACAUCAUAGACCGGUCGGACUGGAAGGAGAUCCUGACCACCUCGCUGGUGACGCACUAUUUAGAGACCAAGGCAGGGCAGUAUCGAGGGGUUUGGGAGCUACUCAAAGAAAAGGCAGACCGAUGGGUUGAGGAAGCCGUGGCCGCAAUGCGACCCGAGGAUCGAGAUGUUGCGAGGAAACUCAUCGAGGCUUGUCAUGAGAUGAUAUAG